AUGGCAGAACAACGCACCUUCAACGUCCCACAGCUGCUAGAAAUGAUCCUCGACAACCUCAACGGACGAGAGAUCAUGAGCGCGCGGCGCGUAGACCAAACCUUUGGCAACACGAUCGYCGGCUCUCUCCAACUCCAGCGAGACAUCAACCCAGGCCAAACGACAGCGCCCGUAUGGAACAUCAAUGCAUCACUUAACAACACAGCCCCAGCACCUCUUCUCCCAGGUCGCGGAGCCGUAGACCUGAAUCCUGCCUUCCUUCGCACACCGCGCGAGCCAGUCCUAUACGGCGAAGCAAACGCAGGAGACGAACCAACACCAGACAUCGGAUCCGACGACGACGACGAAGAAAACGACGACAGCCAACACGAUGCCUGUACUCGAGACUGGCCGCACAUGGCGAGUUUCUGCCUGGAUGAACAAGCCUACAGAUCCCCCGCCUACGUAGAAUUCACCCGCAAAACCACCAAUUUCUCCAACCCCUCCCGAACAACCACCCCCUCAUACAACGACCUCUUCGUAACAAUCGACCCCCAAGUCCCCAUAAAAAUCACCAUCGAGAACGCCGGUCCAUCAUACACCGUAGGGUUCGAUUGGAAAAAAAUCUCCAUCGUCACACUAGGCGCCAAUCUCGGACAAUUACUCCACAUCAGCGAACUUCUCGCAGGUCUCGCUAGGGAUCGGCAGGAGAGAAUYGAAGCGGAUGACGAUGCGUAUGAUGAUAUGCUUACUGAUCUUGUGGAUUCUUUGAGGCCGGAAUUGCAGUGGAAACCUAGUUUGAGGAAUGCGAGGGUUUAUCAAUUCAUUCGUCGGAGAAAUGAUGAUCCGGUGGAUGAGCGGGGUGCUCCGAAGAUUACUUGGAUGGGAGUUUCUGCGGAUUUUGACGCUUCGGGCUGA